AUGGCUACGCAAAAUCCACCAAAGAAGCGCAAGGAUCCCGGUGCUCCAAUCUCCCCACCUCCCCUCAAAAAGACCGUGAAGAGCACUACUACAAAGUCAGCUAUUGCAGGCUUUUUUACACCAAUUUCUCAAAAGCCCAAAGAUCGAACGGUCUGGUCAGAACGAAGUCCUUCAGAGGAUGCUCCCCCGACACUGCUUGUUGGCAGAUACCAGCCGGAAAAUAACGACAAGGGACCCCCAGACAAGCGGAGGAAGAUAGCUGCGUUCGAUCUCGACUCGACUCUUAUUACUACCUCAUCAGGAAAGAAGCAUGCGUCCAACGCAGCAGAUUGGAAGUGGUGGGAUAGUACAGUCCCGGAUCGACUACGCAAGCUCUAUGAGAAAGAAGACUAUCAUGUGGUGAUUCUUUCAAACCAGGCCGGAUUAACGCUUCACUUUGACGCAAACCACAAAGGACCAAAAGCUAAUGCUCAGAAACGCGUCACUGAAUUUAAACAAAAGUGCAGUGCUGUAUUAACUAGCCUUGAUCUCCCGAUAACGGUUUAUGCGGCCACGGAGAAAGACAUUUAUCGAAAACCUAGGAGGGGUAUGUGGAAAGAAGUCUGCGACGAUCUAGAAAUUUCCGAAGACGAGGUAAAUCUGAAGGAUAGCUUCUUCGUUGGCGAUGCAGGUGGUCGAAUCGCCAGUCUUGGCAAAGGAGCCGGUGGUGCAGCAGCACCGGCAGCAAAAGACUUCAGCUGCUCUGAUCGCAAUCUCGCACAUAAUGUUGGCAUCGACUACUUGACACCCGAAGAGUUCUUUAGAGGAGAGAAGCCCAGAGACUUUGUUCGUGAGUUUGACCUAUUAAGCUAUACAUUCCCAGAGGAGGACGGGUCUCUCGACAUUGCUGAAGACGUCUAUGAACGGAAAAAUGAUCAAGAUGUCGUUAUGUUUUGCGGCCCUCCCGGAGCUGGGAAAAGCACAUUUUACUUCAAAGUCCUCAAGCCUCUUGGGUAUGAGCGAGUGAAUCAAGAUACGCUAAAAUCUCGCGACAAAUGCAUACAAGCCGCCAGAGAACUACUCAAAGAUGGCAAAUCUAUAGCUGUUGACAACACCAAUGCCGAUCCUGACACGCGGGCGCUAUGGAUUGACGUAGCUAAAAAGGCCGGUGUCCCUAUUCGGUGUCUCUGGUUCUCAACACCCGUUAUAGUGUGUGAGCAUAAUGACGCUGUUCGAGCGAAUAAUGCCCUAUUAAAUCCAGAAGCUCGACAGAGUCUUCCUAAACUGGCUUUCACUGGAUUUCAAUCAAGAUUUAAAGAGCCGAAGGAAAGAGAGGGCUUUCAAGAUGUCACAGAAGUCAAGUUUAAAUUCCGAGGCACCAAGGAGGAGUAUGUGCUUUGGGGCCAGUACUGGAUCUGA